AUGAACGGCUUUCUCCCCUCUAGCCCUGUCAUCGGGGCUCUGAUUGCCGCUAUCCCCUUCUAUUUGGUGGCUCGAAUCUUUUACCGUCUCUACCUCCAUCCUCUGUCCAAAUACCCCGGUCCCAGACUGGCCGCAGUCUCUACUGUAUACAGAGCCUAUCAUCAAACUUGGAGAGAUGGCCGUUUGGUUGAACAAUUAUCUCACCUCCAUGAAGUCUACGGCCCUGUGGUUCGAAUCACACCAAAUACCCUGCACUUUCGCAACCCGCAAGCAUUUCAUGAUAUUUUCUCGCCGCAGAACAAGACAGUGAAAGAUCAAGAGUUCUAUCAUCACCUAGGUCUACCAGACUCGUCGUUCAGACUUGAAGGGGAGGAGCAUGGAGCGCGAAUGAAGCUCAUGGCUCCGCUCUUUGCUCGCAGUCAUCUUGAUGAAAUUCAGAACAUUGUUUCUCGCAAUGUGCAACGAUUCUGUGACCUGCUGCAAUGUAGCGUGGACAGUUCUAAGCCUAUUGAGCUGGCAUUGGGAUACCGUGGCCUAGCGUUGGAUAUAAUCAACGAAUUUAUAUUCACUGACAUUCCCACCGACCUGCGCGGGCUGCAAGACGAAAACUUCCGCAAUCCGCUUUCAAUGUCAACCUAUUACAGCUUCGACUGGACCAUGUGGCUCAUGAGAAACUUUUCUUGGACGAUUUAUUUCCAUGAUAUCGCAAGUUAUCUUCCCUCCAGUCUCAGAUUUGCUUACGAGCAGCGAAAUAUGAUGAUGGAGUUGAUGACCAACCUUCUACACUUCAACCUUUCGUCUCCCGAGAUGAACAAGCGAGCUACACUCAUUGGAAAUAUGACGAAGCCCACCAGCAUGAGAAACGGCAAACCGCUUCCGGAAUCAGCUCUCCUGGAUGAAGCAGUCGGAGUCAUGCAUGGUGGAGUUCUCGAUAUCUCGAACGUUUUGCCUUAUGGAACAUUUUGCUUGGCCCAGGAUCUCAAACUACAACAAAAGCUGUUUGAGGAGCUCAAGGGCGCCUGGAAAGAUUCAACCGACCCAAUUCCCGACUAUGAGACUCUCCGAAAGCUCCCCUUCUUGAAAGGUGUUGUCAAAGAAAGCCUUCGCUUCACCCACGGCGUUAUCUCGGGUAUGCCGCGCAUAGUAACGGCUAACGGAGCCACGAUUGAUGGGAACUCAAUCCCACCUGGGACUUGUGUGGUUACCUCUUCUGUCUUUCUUCAUAUGGACCCCACUAUCUUCACGAAGCCUGAGAAGUUUUCACCAGAACGUUGGGGAACAGAGGAUCCUCUACUUGAACGAUCUCUUGUUCCCUUUUCAAAGGGACGGAGAAUGUGUCCCGCCUCAAACAUAUCAUACAUGGAACUUUUUACCGCGUUCGCCGCGGUGUUCCGCAAGUUCGAGGUCUCACUAUACGAAACAAAUGAAGAUGACAUGAAAUACAAAGCAUACGCAUCGAUCCACUAUACUGGUCGGCCCUUGAGAGCAACCCUCGAGAAUAGGGUUGAUUAA